AUGAUUGCACAGCACUAUUGGCCGGAACGGACAAAGCCACGCGCACUGUGGCUGUACAAUAAAGUACUCGAAGGCCGCAAGAACAUUUUAUCACAGAUGGAGGACAAAGAGCAAUUGGCUGAAGAUGAAAUAGCUGGACGAGGGCAAUUGGUCAAUCGUGGCCUGCCAAUUCUAGGAGCUGACCAGUAUCGGUGCACCAGAUGCUUUCGGCCGGAUCUCAGCAUCGCUGAUCCUAGGUAA